AUCGGGAAUUAGGGCGGCAGGAAAAUCUCGAGGUACUUCCGUCCCUGGUGCCUUGCUGCACAUCUUCAUGUACCCAAGGUACCUCUGAUAUUGUAUCGUUUUACGCUUUUUACACCCAUGAAAAACUCUUCCUCGAUAGAUCGCCUUUCCCUGUCUCUGCCAGUCCCAAACCUGGUUCUUCUUCGUCUUUCUUCUUUGCUUUGCGAGUCGUUCUCGAGUCUCUGGUGUCCCGAUGGAGGUUAGACGAUUACAUUCCAACGACAUGACCGCCUGCCUCCCCAGAAAAUCUCGAAAAUCUCGAAAAUCUCUUUUCUAAAACUCGGGCAGCCGGGCUGGCCCUCUUUGGGGGCCGAGUCAGUUCGGCCAAGUUCGGAAUCUAGAUGCGCUCUGCGUCACUGGCAACUGGGCUGGUAGUCUACAGAAGUCUUCAACCAGAGAAUACCAUAUCUGGUACGGGAUACAGCUACAGCUACAGCUACCAUUGUUUAUCUGACCGUCUGCACAAGGUCAAAGCCAUAGCGCACCGGGGAAACGGCACAGCUGCCCUCUUGUUAUGCAAAUUUCCCCUCUGCAGAACAUGGACCACCCAUGCGACCAAGUCCCUCCGUCGCCUGUUGGUCAAAGCAAGACCCCUCAGGUCUCUCUCUCGACCCCUUCUCGCCCCUCUUCCACCCCCUCAGGUACGCCGUCAGCUCUCCACUGAAGGCAGCCGGAAGCCGCUAUUCAGUAGCAUGGAGGCAGAGAGACAGGAGGCAUCCAGGGAAGAGAGGGAACACCCCCUCUGUCGAAACGAGAGAGCACUGGCUUUUUGCCUCCGCUUUCUCCUGGCACCAGUCAAUCGCCAUGCCAACGGGUGGGUGGCUCACUGUCUCUAGCUGGGAGCUGCCUUUCACUUUGUUUACAACCGGCGAUUCAGCAG